CACUAGCCCACUCUUUCAGUCUCACUCCUCACCCCACCUGUCCACUGCUGCUUCCCGACACGCCGAAUAGCCAUUCAGCCAGCCGUACAGCCAAAGGGCCAUAGCACCUGCGUCGGCGAUCGCGACAAAACCCCGAGUGCGGCUGUGAGCUAAGAGAGCGCAGAUAGGAAGCAAAGACCGGAGAUUUCUCAUAUAUUCCACUCUGCUUCAAGGAACCCCAACAUUUGCAACGCAAACCCACAUCUACUAGCUGCUAUGGGAUCUGGAGCUGGAAGCUUCCUCAAGGUUCUUCUCAAGAACUUCGAUGUUCUUGCUGGGCCUGUCGUCAGUCUCGUUUAUCCUCUGUAUGCCUCGAUCCGGGCAAUAGAGACCAAGUCCCAGAAUGAUGAUCGCCAGUGGCUCACCUAUUGGGUUCUCUACUCCAUGAUCACACUCUUGGAGCUCACCUUUGCAAGGGUUAUUGAAUGGAUACCUAUCUGGUCGUAUGCAAAGCUCAUUUUCACUUGCUGGUUGGUGCUACCAUACUUCAGCGGCGCUGCUUAUGUCUACGAACACUUUCUGAGGCCUCUCUUCCUCAACCCACAAAAAACCAUCAACAUAUGGUAUGUGCCAAGGAAGAAGGACGUCUUCACCGAGAAAGAUGACGUUCUGACUGCUGCUGAGAAAUACAUCCAAGAGAAUGGCACCGAGGCAUUUGAGACUCUUAUCCACAGGGAUAAAUCCAGGAGCACCACUGGUUACUCGAUAUUCGGCCAGGCUGAAGACGAGUACCGAUAUUGAUCGUCCCAUUUUCGCACUGCUUAGUACCCAGACCACGGGAGCUGUUGUCUAGCUAUAGUCCAGCUUAUUAGGUUUCUAAAAUCACUGUGUAAACGUGGUGUUUUGUUGUAGUAGAGAGUAAUUAGCAGCAAACUGUUUUGGUGUAUGAUAGAAAUCCCCCUUGCUUUCUUUUGUAUUUGAACCUUGCACAUAACUCGACUAAGAAUGCAGGCUUUGCAUCUUCUCAUACUUGCUUGUCAUGGCCUCACAAAAGUCUUCUAUUCUAUCCAACCCGUCUUGACCCGUCUCGUUCUCAGAUCAGCUUAUUCUAUAUUGUGAUUGUCUAUAUAUCGGCAUUUCUUCAAUGAUUUCCUUAAAUAGUGUACCGACCUCGUAGACUAACUAGUAUUAUGUGUGGAGAACGGUUUAUGUUGAUUUGCUAAUGGAACUUUGUCUGCUCCACUAAGAAGCCAAAUGUACUCUUGUGCCAAUUUGCCCAACAAAAUCAAGGAUCACCUACAAGAAAUAUAUCAAAACCAA